AUGAUGAACCACUUUGCACGCAUGUCUCAGAUUGAGUGGUAUGCCUCACUCAAUCCGAUCGAGUAUAAGAUCCAGAACAAGUCGAUGCGUAAGACCUCGAUCAUCGCAACGAUCGGUCCUAAGACAAACAAUGUCGAGACGCUGCACCAGCUGCGGAACGCUGGUGUCAACAUUAUUCGUCUGAACGCGAGUCAUGGUGACCACGGAUACUUUAAGAGUGUGAUUGAAAACUGUCGCCAGGUCGAGCGCGAAGCUCCGGGCCGUCCGCUCGCUCUUGCUCUGGACACCAAGGGCCCGGAGAUGCGUACGGGCGUUAUGUUGAACAACGAAGAUGUGAAGAUCAAGGCUGGCCACGAGAUGAUUGUCACGACCGACGAGCAUUUCGCCGACAAGUGCAGCGCAGAGCACCUCUAUAUCGACUACAAGAACCUGCCCAAGAAGGUCGAGCCGGGUCGCCAGAUCUUUAUUGAUGACGGUAUCCUGUCACUGCGUGUGCUGCGUGUUGAGGGUGACAACGUGAUCGUGCGUGCUGAUAACAAUGGCACUCUCUCUUCGCGCAAGGGUGUCAACCUGCCAUUGACUGAAGUCGAUUUGCCAGCCGUGUCGCCAAAGGACAUUGAAGACCUGAAGUUUGCCGCGCGGGAAGAAGCCGACAUUGUGUUUGCCUCAUUCAUCCGUACGCGCGAAGACAUUGUGCUGAUUCGCUCGAUUCUUGGAGAGCAUGCGCCCCGCAUGCGCAUCAUCGCCAAGAUUGAGAACCACCAGGGUGUGCUUAACUUUAAUGAAAUUAUGGACGAGGCCGACGGGAUUAUGGUGGCCCGUGGUGACCUGGGCAUUGAAAUCCCCGCACCUCAAGUUUUCCUGGCACAAAAGAUGAUGAUCGCUCGCUGCAAUCUUGCCGGUAAGCCCGUGAUUUGUGCCACUCAAAUGCUCGAGAGCAUGACCUACAACAACCGUCCGACCCGCGCCGAAGUGUCGGAUGUUGCGAAUGCGGUUGUCGAUGGUGCAGACUGUGUCAUGCUGAGUGGCGAAACGGCCAAGGGUGAGUACCCUGUUGAGAGUGUGCGUUACAUGGCCGAGUCAGCGCAACUUGCCGAGGACAGUCUGUCGUACACGGCUCUCUUCAACCAGCUUCGUGGCUCUUUGCACUUGCCCACGUCCACGAUUGAGACUAUCUCGCUCGUGGCUGUGUCGGCGAGUCUCGAGCAGCGUGCUGAUGCCAUCCUGCUCAUGUCGACGUCGGGUGAGACAGCGCGUCUUGUCAGCAAGUACCGCCCCCCGUGCCCCAUUCUUGUCGUUACCCGGAACAAGUACACGACACGUACGUGUCACUUGAACCGUGGCACCUAUCCCUUCCACUACCCGCUGCCGCACAUCCAGGAUAUGUCGCGCUGGCAGGAGGAUGUCGACAACCGCAUCAAGUUCGGCCUUUCUGAGGCCCUGAAGCUCGGCCUCGUCCGCAAGGGCGGCACCAUUGUGGCGGUCCAGGGCUGGCGCGGUGGUAAGGGACACACCAACUCGCUGCGUAUUCUCACAGUGCCUACGACGUCGGAGGGUUACAUUCUCGAGAGCACUACGGCCAACUAG